AUGUGUACGACGCGACCAGAAGAGGUUCCCCCGGUGUUGACGCUCCUUCCAGACAACAUCCUGCAGGUUUUGCGCCACCAGUUACUGCAGUGUGUCCAAAAAGCCUCUGACGGCCUGGAGCCCGAGCAGCAAAACCUAGCACUGCUGCUGCUCAAGUGCUUCCAGGAGAGCGAGCAUCUAAAGGAGAGUCUGAAAUGUUGCCUGCUACACCUGUUUGGAGCAGUAGUUGCUGGAGAUCAGAGGAACGCUCUCCUUGCAAUUUCUCCAGCCACCAUGGAAGUGUUGAUGCGGGUGCUGGCUGACUGCUCCAUGGGUAGCUGCUCCUCAGAGGAAGGCGAGGACUGGGAUAGUGAGGCCCCGGACCGUAAAGCACUGCUGACGUUGGGCUGCCUGCGGGAGGUGGUCCAGCGGCUCCUGGCCUCCAGCUCAGACCAGCGGCAGGUGGAAAUCGCCUCAGUGCUGGAAAACUACUUUAAGCUGCUCAACUCGGACCCAGCAGCUGUCGUGGCUGCCCAGCAGCAGCAGCAGCAAGCCAAGGGCCGAGUGCCAACACUGGGUCGACACUGGGAGAGCAGAUUUGUGGCCCUGCAAGUAAACAUGCUAGACACUAUCAGGGACAUGUUCCUGUGUUCAGACAGGCCAGUACUACAAGCCAUCUUCCUCAACAGUAACUGUUUUGAGCAUCUCACACGACUGCUCCAGAACAGCAAGCUGGUUAAUGCUAGGUGCACGGCGGCAGACAAGGACCAGAAAGAUAUAACCAACAACAGGUUACUGACAGGCGAGAGGGACACUCAGGUGUUUCAAGGGCGGUUGGACUCCCUUGCCGUAGCAACCAUCAAAGCCCUAACAACAGUGAUGCACAAAUCGCCAGCUGCAAAGGAGGUUUUUAAGGAGAGGAUUGGGUACAAUCACUUGUACGAAGUACUUAUCUCCCUCGGGCAGCCAUCUCGACACCUCCUCAAAGAGCUGAUGAAUAUGGCAGUGGAGGGUGAGCACACCUCAGUGGGCCUCCUGGGCAUCAGUAAUGUGGAGCCAUUGCUGCUGCUGGUCCAGUGGCUCCCAGAGCUGGACUCCUCAGAACUGCAGCUCUUCACAGCCGAUUGGCUCCGCCGCCUUAGUUGCCUCAACCGCCAGACCCGUGCUACCUGUGUCAACGCCGCCAUGGUCAUGCGCGCACUAGCUGCCCUGGAGCGCCACGAGCGACUACACAGAGCUUGUGCUGAAAGCCUUUUGGGGCUAGUGGGCUCACUUGGGUGCCAGUCUUUGAGUGCCAGGGAACUGUUGGAGUUCUUGCGUCUCCUUCGGCUUCCAGAGUCCAGCCAAGCACAUCCAUACGUAGGUCCUGCCCUGAAAGCCCUCCUCGCCAUGGUGCGCAAGCAAGGUUUGGAAAGUGCCAUGCAGUACUUUGACCUGUCGCCCAGCAUGGCUGGCAUCGUAGUUCCAACAGUGCACCGCUGGCCAGGGUCUGCCUUUAGCUUCCUCGCCUGGUUGUCGCUGGACCAGGACCAGCUGGGCCCAUCCAGCAAAGACAAGAGAAAACAGCUGUACAGCUUUUUUACUCCAGGAGGAACGGGUUUUGAGGCCUUUAUUAGCUCAGCAGGUGUGCUGGUUGUGGCCGUUUGCACAAAGAAGGAGUAUGUCACAGUCAUGCUGCCUGAUUACUGCUUCUGUGACUCUCUCUGGCACAGCAUCGGUGUGGUGCAUGUGCCUGGAAAGAGGCCAUUUGGACAGAGUCUAGUCUACAUUUAUGUGGACGGACAACAGAAACUUUCUGCCCCCCUCAAGUACCCGACCAUGACAGAGCCGUUCACCUCCUGUUGCAUCGGCUCAGCAGGCCAGCGCACCACCACUCCUCCACCCUCCCAGAUCCCAGACCCUCCCUUCUCUUCGGCCACCACCCCUACCACUCGCUCGUCACUGGGCGGCAUCCUGUCCCCUCACACCUGGGGAGGCCUCCUGGGAGGGAAGCCUGAGUCUGUGACUAAGCUAAUCUCAGCGGGCACUCAGGAUAGCGAGUGGGGAAGCCCCACGUCCCUGCAGGGCCAGCUAGGAAGUGUCAUGGUGUUUCAUGAACCACUGCAGCAGAACCACAUAAAAGCCAUCUGUAGUGCUGGUCCAAACUGCAUCUCUCCAUUUAAAGCCCAAGAAUCAGAGCUUGGGGACCUUUCAGCCAAAUUGUUGCUGCACUACUCACCCAAGGCCUGCAGAAACCCCAUCUGCCUGGACCUGUCUCCAAACAUGCUCCACGGACGCCUGACAGGGAACAAAGUUGUUAACUGGGAUAUCAAGGUGGGCGGAAACUGCAACUCGUGCUGUCAUGGAAACGUUUUAUGGCCAGUGGAGUAUUUGCAUGGAUGUAAUGUACACACUAUUUUAAUAUGAACUGAAGGUCCUUCUAGAAGCACAUCUUCCCUCUCAGCAGCUAUUUUUAGAAUGAAAUCAAGGCCCUCAGAGGCCCGCCUGGAGAAGAAUCUGGUAGCCACAUUCCUGUUGGUGCUGAAGCAUUUUCUGCAGAGACACCCAAUCAACCAGGAGAAUCUGCUGUACUUACAUGGCAUCGGGACACUGGGAGCCCUGCUACAGAAGCUGCCAGCUGGGCAUGUUGGCGUCAGCGUGCUGGUUGCUGUGCAGCUCCUGAUAGAACAAGUGACAUAUGAGAAGAAUCAAGCUCUGCUGCAGCAGCUUCACACUCAUCUGCUGUUCAAUUUCAACAUCUGGAACAAAGGGGACUUCCCGCUACGCAUAGGUCAUAUCCAGUACAUGUCCACUGUCAUCAAAGACAACAGAAAGCAGUUCCGGAAGAAAUAUGGAGUUCAGUUUCUGGUGGACACCAUACGCCUCUAUUAUGGGAAGAACACUAACAAAGACAGUGACUUGAGCGAGGAUGACGUUCGGACCAUCCGCGCAUCUCUGUGCAGCCUCAUCAAGUACUAUAUUAGUAAGGGCAUGUCGCAGGAGGAGAUGCAGAGCAUUCUGGGAUACAUCGCUGCCAUUGGAGACGAAGAUCAGCUGUGUGCUCUGCUGGAGUUGUUGCUGAGCCUUCUGCAGAGCAGCCCAGCCAGAGACCAGCUCUUCCUGCUCCUCUUUGAGCCCGCAGCGGCCGACUCCUGCUAUGCUCUCCUCCUCAAUAACAAACACUCAGAUCGACUCCGAGAACUUGUCUUUAAGUUGUUUGAGCGAAUGUUGCGCUGCGACCGGGUCUAUGAGAAAAAUAAGCAGCGGCUGCGGCUGAGGGAGGCGGGUUACUCUGGUCUGUCGCUGCUCUUCUCUGAACUUCACAUCACUCCCACCCUGAUCCGCUGUCUCCUUAACCAAGUCCUCCAUACAGAUCAAGUGGUAAACUACAAGGACCUGAUGGCUUUGGUCCAGCUCACUCACCGGGCCGGACCCAGCGUGCGACUCAUCGUCUGCAAGAGGGUGUACCAGCUGCUUCAGUCCCAACAGGAUGCUGCUGCUCAGAUCUCAAAGCAGCAGUGUUGGCAGGACACCCUCAUGCGGCUGUAUCUAAGGGGCGACGGGUCCUUGGCGCUGCGUAGCUCAGAUACUGUCAGCACCUGCAGCCUGGAGCUGAGCCGGACCAGCGGCGGUAGCAACCGUCUGGAGCUGCCGUUGGAGAGGAGGGCACGGGCAGGCAGCGCCGGGCGCUUGGACCGGGUGGAGGAUGACCGGAUCAGCAUAAGUGAUACCCGCUCUGUGGACAGCCUGGAGAAUGGCGACGUCAUCUCGCUGUUGGAUACGCCGUCUUCCUCUGCCUCCACUGAGCCGCAGCCCCACGUCAAGCCCUGGGUGGUGGGAAAAUCAGGGGGCUUGAUGCUGGAUUUGUCCCAUCUGCAGGCAUAUGAGGGUGGAGAGAGCGGCAGCCAGACACCUGGGAGCAUGCCCAGCACACCCUCACCACUGGAAACCUCGAAGCCUUUCCCAGGGAUCUCCGGGGAUCGAGACGCAACUUCCUCCCUUACUGAAGACAGCUUCCUGUUUAGUGACAACAUCUCGCUGGGGGAGUCUUUCAACAAUGUUGAGCGUGCAGAAGAGGAGCUGUGCAGCAUGUUGCUGGAGAUCAUCCUGUGUGUGAUGUGGCGAGGCGUCGAGGGCUCCGAUGAUUCAGCGUGGCUGGAGCGUGGUCAGGUCUUCUCUGCUCUCACCAAACUGGGAACUGCCAAUGAGCUGCUUCUUCCUGUUGACCAAAUCAAGCUCAGUCUGAUGGAGCGCAUGUUGGAGUGGGCGGUGAGCGACAACCGAGAGGCUUCAGCUGCUACGCUACCGCAGCACACCGAGAAUGCAGUUCGCCUGCUUCACAUGGUGCAAGACUUCCUGCAGGCAGAGGGUCUCAUCAACCCAGCACUGUGGACAGAGAAGGUGCUGGAAGAGGCGGUGACGUUGAUGGACAGCCUCAUGGUGUGGUACUCCUCUGGCUCCCAGUGGUUCCAGCUCUCCCAGGUUGGACUGAGACUGCUCCUGGGCUUCAUGGCUCAGGAAGACCCAGAGGUGUGUGCCAUGGCCACCGCCAAGCUUAACGGCAUCCUGCAGACCAAGGAGAUUUCCAGCCAGGACGAGGCAUGCUACCUGCUAGGGAAGGUGGAGGGAAUUCUGCGGCGCUCCAUCCAGGAGCAGACCGAGGAGAUGUACUCUUUCCUGGUUCCACUGCUGCGAACGCUGCUCUCCAAAGUCCACCGCCUCCUCUACAUGGAGCUGCACCUGCCUCAGCUGCCCGACACCAACGGGAGCCCCUCCUUCUUCGACGACUUCAAGCUUUACUGCAACUCACCCGAAUGGCGUGUCUACCUCGAUAAAUAUACAAAGUAUAUGAACGGUGUCCAUCAGCAGCGUUUAAACCCAGAGUCUCUGCUGCUGGAGGCUGUGAAGCAAGUCAAAGUUAGCGACCUGGAAGAUGACAUCCUGGAGCUGCCAGAGGACGAUCCUGUUGCUGCCAACAACCAGGUUGAAGCAGAUGAGGCGGGCCAGAAGGAGAAGCUGGUGUUGUGGGAGGAUUGUGAGCUGGUGACGAUAGUGGACGUGGUUCCCGGCCGCCUGGAACUCACCACACAGCACAUCUACUUCUAUGAUAGCAGCCAGGAGAAGGAGGAAGGAGUGGGUCAUGACUUCAAAUGGCCUCUGUCGCAAAUCCGAGAGGUCCACCUUAGACGUUAUAACCUGCGGCGCUCAGCUCUGGAAAUCUUCCUAAUUGACCAAACCAACUAUUUCCUCAACUUUAAAAAAGAGGCCAGAAACAAAGUCUACAGCCGCAUGUUACUGCUGCGAUCCCUCAACCUAUAUGAAACCCGCUCUCCUCAGGAGCUCCUCAAAGCCUCCGGACUCACACAGAAAUGGGUGAACCGAGAGAUUUCCAACUUUGACUACUUGAUGCAGCUCAACACGAUUGCCGGCAGGACGUACAAUAACCUGGCUCAGUACCCAGUGUUUCCCUGGAUUCUAGCGGACUACACCUCAGAGGAGCUGGACCUUUCUGAUCCUCGGGUAUUCAGGGACCUGUCAAAACCAGUCGCUGUGCUUAAUGAACGCAACGCAAAGGCGGUUAGAGAAAAGUAUGAAAGUUUUGAAGACCCGACAGGAACCAUAGACAGGUUCCAUUAUGGCACCCACUACUCUAACGCUGCCGGCGUCAUGCACUACAUGAUCAGGGUGGAGCCCUUCACGUCGCUGCACGUAACGGUGAGUCAGAACUGCUUGGUGGGGACCCAUGGGUGGCUGCCUUAUAACAAGAACAUCUCCAACUACUUCACCUUCAUUAAGGACCCCACAGUUUCUAACACCAAAACCCAGCGCUUCCUUUCAGGACCCUUCGCCCCCGGCGUGGAGGUAACCGCUGGAUUGUUUGUGGUCUCCCAUGAUGGAAAGUUGCUCUUCAGUGGUGGGCACUGGGACAACAGCCUGCGGGUCACUUCACUGGUUAAGGGAAAGACUGUAGGACAGCACAUCCGGCACAUGGACAUCGUGACCUGCUUGUCGACAGACCACUGUGGCAUCCAUCUGAUCUCUGGCUCCAGAGACACAACCUGCAUGGUGUGGCAGGUUCUGCAGCAGGGUGGAGCUCCUGUUGGUCUCCAUCCCAAACCUAUUCAGGUGCUGUACGGACACACGGACGAGGUGGUGAGCGUCAGCAUCAGCACAGAGCUGGACAUGGCUGUAUCUGGAGCGCGGGACGGGACAGUGAUCAUCCACACUGUGCGCCGGGGUCAGUACAUGCGCUGCUUGCGUCCACCGUGCGACAGCUCGCUGCCGCUCUCUAUCCUCCACCUGGCUGUGUCCUGGGAGGGUCACAUGCUGGUUCAUACCUGUCUGGAGGGCAAAGCAACACUCAAGGAUAAAAACGCCCUCCACCUGUACUCUGUAAAUGGGAAGCACCUCUGCAGCGAGCCUCUGAUGGAGCAGGUGACAGAUAUGUGUGUUUCUGGGGAGUAUGUAGUCAUCGGCAGCGAGCAGGGAUACCUGUCCAUCCGUGACCUCUACAGCCUGUCUCUGUGCGCAGAGCCCAUGGCCAUGAGGGUGCCAGUGUGCUGCGUGUCAGCCACCAAGGAGCAGAGCCAUGUGCUGGUGGGACUGCAGGAUGGCAAGCUGAUCAUCGUGGCCGUGGGCAAGCCGGCGGAGAUGCGUUCGGGCCAGAUCACACGGAAGCUGUGGGGUUCCAGCAAGAGACUGACUCAGAUCUCCUCGGGGGAGACGGUGUACAACACCCAGCAAGACCACAACUGACCCGUUCCCCGCCUGUCCCCCGAGCCUUUAAACCAUCCCUUUCAAGCACGUCGCACAUUGUCAUUUCAUAUCCGAGCAGAUUCUUUCUGCCAUCACCUCCCACGGUUUUAUCAGGGGGUAGGUUUUGGGGUGCAGGAGCACCACAAAGCCUGCAUGCCCACAUGUGCAUUUGAGUGCUCUUGCUUUGGAUUGUGAUCACAUGGCGCUGGCGCCGUGGUUCCAAUACAGAAGUAGCGCCAGCCUCAGCAAAACCACACCACUGCCCACUUCUCGCACACGCCACAGCUGCCCUCGUCAUCAGAAUCUUUACUACAGUCAGCCUCAUUUAACGGUUAACUAACUGUUCUCUUGUAUGUAUGCAGGGAUGGAUGGAUGUGUGUUUGCACACAGUUUUGCUGUGUGCUAUUUGAAAAUAUUGUUUCAAGUGGCCUUUUUGCUCCCCCACCCCCUCAGUUAGCCUUAGGUGCAGACACUCGGCCUGUGAUCUGCAGGCCAGGACGAUUCAUGGUUGCCUCAAAGCUGCCACCACGCAGCCUUAUGCAGUAAGACGGCUCCACCACUCACUAGACCAAACUGUCUGCAUUUUUCUAUCGUUUUUAUAUACCCGUGUGUGUGUGUGAUCUUUUAGUGAUGUUUUAUUGGGAGUUUGGUUUAUGUGUGUGUAUGUCUGUGUGCGUGCCCAGCAGCUUGGCAUCUGUUCAUAUGCAUGGCAUUUUGGUUUUGAGAUUAGACAAGAAAUAGUGAUGCAGAAGUCAGUCAGUUUUUUGUUUGUUUGUUUUUUCGUUUUUGUUUUUACAUUUGGGGUGUAGCUGACGUUUUUUGUUGAGAAACAUCAGAAAAGGUGUUUAAAGGUACUUUUUGUAGUCCCCCCUCCCCUUUCCAAAGUGUAACUAACAGUGUCACCACUAGGUGGCAGUGUUUUUACCAAACAUUAUAAUUUUAACAUUCAUAUUAAAAUGAUGCACCGUUUCCUCAAGAGGCAUUGCCUGGUUAAACAAUAAAAUAAUGACUCGCUUCAUCACCUCGUGGGGAAAAUUGUUUGAUAUCUUGUGUAAACAAAUCCAUUCACAUUCUGUUGGAUGCUUCAGUUAAUUUUUGUUGAUUGUUUUAAGCACGGGAUUUUACAAAAAGUACUUUUAAUGUUUUGUCAUUAGCAUAUCAUUUAAGAUCUAGUUUUGUAAAUAAAAAAACACACUACAUUCUCAAUCACAACAAGCUUUGACAUGAAGAUUUAUCACAGCAGUGCAACGAAAAACAACUAUAACGUCACGUUUCUCUGUGCUUCAUUGAAUGUUUUUAAGUUACUUGAAUCUGUUUCUAUUCAUAAGUAAAAGUAACAGUUUUUUUCACACAUUGUCUCAUGAGUGACAUAUUUAAAAACUAUUCUAACUGUUUAGAAAUGAAGGAGAAAGUAGAAAACCUCAAGGGCUUUACGAGAUGUCAGUGUUAUCAGCAAUACAGCUCCUUCAUCGCAUGCCUGUCGGUGCUUCCUUUCCUCUAUUUCUGUCCAGCAUGCCUCGCUCAGUCAGAUCCUCUAUUUUCCAGUCUUCCUAUGGCUAAACUGGGACUGUAAAUGGACUCCCUCUCUUCUCCUUCUGAAUGCCUUUAGCUCUCAUCAUUGCCUCAAACCCCAUCCCUCUUUUAUUAUUUGUGCUUCUCACUCGUUUUCCUGUUUAUUUUAAAGUGACUGAUUUCAGAGUUUUCGUUGUGUGGGGCCUCAAGAAUGUUUGGGUCAACUGGGACAAACAUGCAUGUGAAUGUGAUUGCAUUACUCUGUAAUAUACCGCAGUAUGAAACUGCUGUGUGAUUCAUAAUUUUGCACCAUACCUGAGCGAGUGAGUGUGCGAGUGAGAGUUUAUUUUCUGUUGCCAAAUGUUUUUUAUUCCUGUCUGAUUCUGUGAACUUUUGCAGCCCUGUGGGUUUGGCACUGGGCACAGAGUCGCUCUAACGGUUAUCUCUCUUGUUUUUUUUUUUCUCUGAUUUUUGUAUUUUGUUUUAUUUAAAUGUCAGUUUGGUGGAUUGCAAAGACCAAUCUGUGUCCUCCUUUACGAGAUUUCUGUGAAAGGUGCACAAAAUGUUCUAUUAAUGCAGUUUAUUUUUCUUUUGUUUAUUCACAUUUUUCAUUCAAAGACCACUGUUUGAGUUAUUCCACGACUGCAACAGAGUGCCUUUUAUCCCAGCGUGGUGUCCACAUAGAGCUAGAUUUCUCCUUCUCCUUCGUCCCAAACUUUGUUGUGAAUCAAGUGAAAGCAGCAUUCCACACAUUAGUCCGUCGCAGUUGCACCGGGAACCAAGAAUAUGGGACUUCCAAGAAAAAUCAAAGUACUAUUUUGUGUCUUAGCUACAUUCUCUGUAACUGUCACCAAAAUGGAUGUGUGUAUAUCUGUGAUUAUUUAUGAAUACAGUAUAUAAUGUACAGCAUGAUUUUUAUUUUGGCGUCGUUAAAAUGUACUUUUGCACUUUCCAGGUACUAAAUUGUAACAGAUUGUUUUAACUUUGCUCCCUAAUCUGUAAAAACUGCUUUGUAUACACAAGUGGAAAAUAAUCAUUAAAGUCUUGUCUAAAUUCAAA